CUUAUUCUAGAUUUUUUGUUGAAACCCUUGCCUUACCUUGAGUUUAUUUUAAGGGUGACCCAAGGACUACUAUACUCAAGGACGUGCACAGUCGGAUUCCUGACUUGGCUAGCGAAGGCCAUCGCGUCAAACACUCCGGAUAUUCCCAUUCUGACCCAAUGCCUUAUCUUUAGCUUUGACGCGUCCGUAGGAAUCGGGAACUAUUUAUCGCCUUUGAAGUAGAAUGAAUCCUAUCUGUAGAAUUCGUUGAUCUUAAUAAAAAUGAUGCAGAAAUGAAUCAGAUAUUGAAAGGUGUCAAUAUUUUUAUUUUUGAUAAAGAUUCCAAGCAAAGAAAUGUAAGCAUAAUUAUGGACACCAUUUAUCCGCGUAAGCGCAUCCUUCCGGAAAGAAGUGCAGUGAUCAAUGUUCACGAUUCAAGUGUUGUUCCUCUCCUCAUGUUUCUCGGAGUGUUUUUGUUAAUUCUGUGGAUUAUUGUGAAUUAAUCGGCCCGUCAAUGCUCAAGGAUAGUUUGAUUUCACCAUACCGAAUAAAUGUAGGGUUGUAAACUGCAAAGGUAACUACAAUAAAGACAAUAAAUGUCGAGUGUUCAAGGUACCGAAAGAAGGACUUGAGAGACAAAGAUGGCUUUCUGUUUUACCCCCUCGUGAAAACUUCUCUCUAGAUCCAGACAAAUUCUUUAUCUGUGAAAUGCAUUGGCCAUCAGAUUAUCCUGUAAUUAAAUUACCUGGAGGAUACACUCAACCAGUAGAUCCGUCGAGUUUAUUUGAUGUUCCCUCGUCUUGCCUACCAACGCCAAAACCACCCCCUCGUCCACCCAGACAAGAAGAUCAGCAACUCCGUCAUUUCAUGAAAAAAGACAAAAUCUGUAGCCUUUCAGAAUUUUCUCCAGAAAAGGAACUCCACAAGAAAUAUAUGACAAUUUAAUUCUUUCAAGAACAGAGGACAGAUUUGUUUGCCAUGUUCAUGACCGAGUAUUGUGAAGAGUGUGUUUUAUCAGUAGUUGUUGAGAAUAAACCAACAUUGUGCUCCCCUCUUACACUCACCGCAUUCAAGAAAGGAUCCAGAGUUCCCUUGGGAAAAAUAUUAAAUCCAAAUAACGGAUUGAAUUCCUACACCCAAUUUUUUGAGUGUGUGCACGUCGCCAUAAACUAUAGAGUUCCUUUGGAUUUUGUGCUUGAGAGAGUUGUGGAAGUAUUGGAACAAUCACGUUGCACAGAACUUGAAGACCCAAAGGAAAAGAAAAGGGAAAGAAAGCUAGACUUUAUAACUCAUCAGCUGAAACUGUUGACUCACAAACAAUUUUCUGUAAGUGAUUACUGUUUUGCUAUCGAAUCGUUUCCCCGUUGCAGUUAUCAACAACUAAGAGACAUUUUGGUCUUGCCAAGCACAAGAAAAAUAAAACCACGCGACUUACAUAUGCCUCUAUCAACCCGUCUAAACUACGACUUCAAAAUGUGCAACAUGUAUUAAGAAUUUUCAAUGAAAAGGUUAUUGCUGGGCUGGCACUGCAAGGGUGUUAUUCCACUGCAGAGUUCAUUCAGUUUGUUCUAAACUGGUGGUAUACUGUAAAUGUAUCUGCCAAGGGACAGGACAUUCGUAUGAAGGACCCACACAGAGCUGCUCAGGUGUUAACGUCUGAUAGUCUGGACACGUAUGCCAAGAAGUUUGAAGAAUCAAUGUCAGUACAGGGAGUGUCUUGAAAGAAAUGCCUCACCCACGACACCAAGAAAGCUCUGGUACAAACCAUGCGUGGACUCAGUGCCGUGACAAAACACUUAUUGUCAUCAGGAUUUCAAUAUGUGCUGCUGUGUGAGAUACAGAGCGAUCGCAUUGAAGGCGAAUUUUCCGUUUACAGGCAGUCCACCGUGGCCAACGCGUUCAUGACAGCAGGAGAUGUUAUCUCGGCAUACAAGAAGCGCCUCGCUAGGCAUGCAGCAUCUUUUCUCGAGAGUAUUGAUGUCAUAGCUGAUGAUUCCCCAUCAACCUCUGACAAACAUCUGUGUUGUGGGCCUUUGGUUGCUGCUGAUAGAGAAGUCAUUGAGAGUAGCUUCUCAGAUGUUACUCUGACUGCCAACGAAGAAAGCUGCUGUGUCUAUGUAGCAAGAUGGCUGGAGCGAAAAUGUAUUGAUGAUAGCACCUACAGCGAAGAUGAGCCAUUCGUCUCCACAGAAGUGAAGAACUUUUUAGAGGAAGUGUCCAGAGGCUCCCUUAAAACCCCCCAUAUGUCUAUGUAUGACCUGACUAGGAUUGGACUUUCCUUUGUAAAGAAAGCAAAAAAUAGAGUUUGUUGUCGUCAGAGACUUGUUAGAAUUCUAUCAACCAUGGGGGAAUUUCACGACUUCGACAUCGUUCAGUCCAAGAAACUGCUCAGUCAUCUCGCAAAUGUCUUACUCCGCGGUCUGCACAAUCUAGACAAGGAUCACCAAAAGAAUGCAGCCCUGCUACAGACAUCCAUCAAGAAGGCACGUAUGGCGGAUUGACUUGGUGAGUAAGCCUAAUUCUUGUUGUUGUAUUCGUUAACAUUUUUUAAAUGCUCUUCAUACUAAUAUUUCUGCAUGACAUAAUACAAAUAUAGAAAUAACAUGUAUUACUAUGCUACAAUAUUGCGUUCAACAACAUUACAACAGGUUUUAGCUUUCUCACACUCAAUAUGAAAUGUAUCUUGUGCCUAGUGAUAAGUUUGACAUGUUUAUAUGAUGGCCUUCGCUAACCAAGUCAGGAAUCCGACGGUGCACGUCCUUGAGUAUAGUAGUCCUUGGGGUGACCUUAUAUUUAGGUCUCAUAUGGCCUAUAUUUAGGUAACCCCUCCCCCUACCUAACCGUAUUUAGGCCACAUAUGGCCUAUAUAAGCUUACCCCCUACCUAACCUUUUUUAGGCCACAUAUAUGGCCUAUAUAUAAAAAAAGAUUGAGCCAUGUUGACACCCGAGGAAACAUGCAGGUAGAUCUUUUGACAAAGGAAUCUUUGUCCUUUCUAUUAAGAUCAAUGUAGAGCUACACCUUCUCACAGAUAGACUUUAAAAAGUGGCUGAAAAGCUACAGCUCCAGUCUGUGAGAGGAACACUAGAGAGAACAAGUGAACAACAAACUCCACAAUUCAUGCCCAAAAUGGGCCCACAAAAGUCUUUCAGGUCUCUCCAAAAGAGACAAAGUUAGUUUAACCGGACUGCACAUUGGACAUACCCGGUACCUCCCCAAUGCACAGAUAUCUCCUGCAGGAAGAAGAAAAACCAUUUUGUGUCGGAUGCAAAGCUGACUUUAUAAUCAGGCCCAUCGUUACAGAAUGUUCAGACUUUAGAGAGGCCUAAAAAAACAUUUUAGACAUUAAAUGUACUGAUGUAAAGAAUUUGUUUCCACCAUUGAUCUCAACAGAAUUCUUGAUUUAGUAAAGGCUACUGGUCUUUAUUCAUAUAUACAUAGUGUUAUUUUGAAAUAUUAAUUACUGUUUUUAAAACUAAAUUUUUUACUAUUUUAGAUAUAUUUCAACCAUUUUGACUUGCAGAGUAAAAGCAAUACAUGCUAUGAACAUAUAUGGAAACAACCAGUUCUUCUUAUAUGACUUUAAAUGCAGUAGUUGCGAGCACAGUAAAACUUUUACGAAACUAAGAACUGCAUAUUUGUUAAUCUCUGGUGUGUUUGAGAUAUAUCUGUGGUGGGCUGCAUAUUUAUAUAUGUUGACCCAGUGUAGAUGAUCUGCUGACUCAUGCUGUACUGUU